CCUCCUCUUCUUAUCCACGCGGCUGUGGUGCGGGGCCGGCUCCUAUAUCUCAGCUGGCCUCCCUCCCGGCCGCCAAUGCCACCGUCGCCUUCGCCCAUUUCUCUCCAUCCAUUGGCGCACACACGCUUGGAUUGAGGAGUAAAUCAAAGAGGAGGGGCCGCGGGAUGGAGAAGGAGAUCACGAGAGUGGCCGUUGUGGGCGCCGGGGUGAGCGGGCUGGCGGCGGCGCACGAGCUGUGCAGGGCCGGCGGCAACGGGGUGCGCGUCACGGUGUACGAGGCGGAGGAGCGGCUCGGCGGCCACGCCCGCACCGCCGACGUCGACGGCGUCCAACUCGACCUCGGCUUCAUGGUCUUCAACCGGGUGACAUACCCAAACAUGCUAGAAUGGUUUGAAGGGCUCGGCGUGGAGAUGGAGACAUCGGACAUGUCCCUAUCGGUGAGCACACAGCUCUCUGGUGGCGGCAGGUGUGAGUGGGGCAGCCGGAAUGGCCUCUCUGGCCUCCUGGCACAGAAGAGCAACGCUCUCCGCCCUGGAUUCUGGCACAUGAUACGUGAGAUACUCAAGUUCAAGGAGGAUGUACUCAGCUACCUCAGUAACCAUGAGAACAACCCUGACCUGGACCGGAACGAGACCCUGGGGGAAUUCAUCAAGAUGCAUGGAUACUCCCAGCUCUUCCAAGAGGCUUACCUGAUCCCAAUAUGUGCGUGCAUAUGGUCAUGCCCGUCGCAGGGAGUCCUGGGCUUCUCUGCUUUCUUUGUGCUCUCGUUCUGUCGCAACCAUCACCUUCUUCAGAUCUUCGGUCGCCCCCAGUGGCUCACCAUAAAGGGCCGUUCUCAUUCGUAUGUAAAUAAGGUAAGGGAAGAACUGGAAAGCAUGGGCUGUAGGAUUAAGACUAACUGCCAAGUCAAAUCUGUUUCAAGUUUUGAAGGAGGUCAUAGAGUCUUGGAGGUGGAUGGCUCAGAGGAGGUGUACGACAAGAUCAUAUUCGGUGCACAUGCACCUGAUGCUCUAAGAAUGCUACGAGAUGAAGCAACACACGAGGAAUUGAGAAUUCUAGGUGCUUUCCAGUAUGUCUACAGCGAUAUAUACCUCCAUCGCGACAAAAGUUUGAUGCCACGUAACUCAUCGGCAUGGAGCGCCUGGAACUUUCUGGGGACGACUAGCAGUGGCGUCUCUGUUACCUAUUGGCUAAAUUUGCUUCAGAACAUCGAAUCUAAGGGCAGGCCUUUCCUGGUGACAUUAAAUCCACCUCAUGUCCCGGAUCACGUCCUGCUCAAAUGGAACACUAGCCAUCCUGUUCCCUCCGUUGCUGCUGCGAAGGCCUCUCUGGAGCUUAAUCAAAUCCAGGGAAAAAGAGGAAUAUGGUUCUGCGGGGCAUAUCAAGGCUAUGGCUUCCAUGAAGACGGUUCUAAGGCUGGGAAAUCUGCAGCUCAAGGUUUGCUCGGUAAGAAGAUUGACCUUCUUCUGAACCCAAAACAGAUGGUUCCAUCAUGGACCGAAGCUGGGGCUCGUCUUUUAGUAACAAGAUUUCUCAACCAAUACAUAACCAUCGGCAACCUGACCAUUCUUGAACAAGGUGGCACUAUGUUCAGUUUCGGUGAAGUAGACAAAAAGUGCCUUGUCAAAUCUGUCUUGCGAGUUCAUGACCCUCUCUUCUACUGGAAGGUCGCAACUGAAGCAGACCUUGGCUUGGCAGAUGCAUAUGUUAACGGGUAUUUCUCUUUUGUUGAUAAGAGAGAAGGGCUUCUGAAUCUUUUCCUGAUUCUCAUUGCUAACAGAGAUACACAGAAGAGCAGUAGCAGCGCAGCCAGUAAAAGGGGUUGGUGGACGCCCUUGCUUUUAACAGCUGGGAUUGCAUCUGCUAAAUAUUUCCUGCGCCACGUCUCGAGGAAGAAUACUGUCACACAAACUCGCCAAAACAUAUCUCAGCACUAUGAUCUGAGUAACGAUUUCUUCUCGCUUUUUCUGGAUCCAUCAAUGACUUACUCUUGUGCCAUCUUCAAGGUGGAGGAUGAAAGCUUAGAAGUAGCCCAGCUACGUAAAGUUAACCUCCUAAUAGACAAGGCUAAGGUGGAGCGGGAUCAUCAUGUUCUUGAGAUUGGUAGUGGUUGGGGCUGCUUAGCAAUGCAAGUGGUGAAGCAAACUGGCUGCAAAUACACAGGGAUUACAUUGUCUGAGGAGCAACUUAAAUACGCACAAAUGAAAGUGAAGGAAGCUGGUUUAGAGGACCGCAUAACUUUCCUGCUUUGUGACUACCGUCAAAUACCAAUUCUCCGUAAGUAUGACAGGAUCAUAUCUUGCGAGAUGAUUGAAGGGGUUGGCCAUGAAUUCAUGGACGAUUUCUUCGGCUGCUGCGAGUCUCUCUUGGCUCAAGAUGGCUUACUUGUCCUACAGUUCAUAUCGAUUCCAGAAGAACGAUAUGAGGAAUACAGGAGAAGUUCAGACUUUAUAAAAGAAUACAUCUUUCCAGGGGGGUGCUUGCCUUCCUUGGCCCGGAUCACAUCUGCCAUGUCCGCUGCAUCCAGACUCUGCAUCGAGCAGGUUGAGAACAUCGGAUACCAUUACUAUCCGACACUGGUACGCUGGAGGGAUAACUUCUUUGCCAACAAAUAUGCGAUUUCAGCCCUUGGAUUCGACGACAAGUUCAUCCGCAUAUGGGAGUACUAUUUCAUGUAUUGUGCUGCUGGUUUCAAGUCACGGACGCUUGGGAACUAUCAGAUUGUGUUUUCUAGACCAGGCAACGACAAGCUGGCCUACGCCGAUAAUCCCUACGCAAGCCUUCCGGCAGCAUAGCUUCAACAACACAACGACCAUUCACAUACGUAUAUAUAUGCGUAUACAUAGGUUGCAUUUAAUUCAUCAAUAUUAAGGUUCAGAAAUUGUUGUAAUUCUAUAGAGGGAGUAUGGAACUGCACAUGGAUUUAUUCAUUGAUUCGAUUGAGCACAUGUAUGGCCUGCCUCGUCGAUGAACAUUCGACCUGAAACUUUAUCGACGUCAAGGUUUUGUAAGUUGGAUACCUUUGAUUUUCAGAAAGAAAAAAGUGCUUGUGCAAUUUUUAGCCCA